GACGGAUCGGUGGGGAGUUGGCAGGCACGGCACACCAUACCGGCGCGAUCAGUAGCGGUAAUUGGUCUGGAGCCAUGGAGGAGCUACGGAAGUGUUCCUGCCUGGCCAGUGGCGAUCGGGGCGCGGCCGGGGUAGCCAGUGCGCAUUGCACCUACCCGACCUUUGGAGACCGCUUUGAUUUUCAUCCCUCAAACUGCCACCUUGUCGCUUGCCCAAGCUAUGCACUAGAAUCGCUCCUGCACCAAUGCACCUCUCCGCUGAGCCAUGGACGCCUCAGGCCCACGCAUCUGUCCUUUCCACCCUUCCACCACUACCUCCAGAUACGAACAAUCCACCCUAGACACCAACUCCGAAACGCACUCUGGUGGUGUCGCUGGUUGUUUAAACCCGGUUCCAUCCCAUCCUCGUCAAUGGCGUUGGCUUCUUUGCCCUUUUUCCAUCCUUCUUUUUUGCACUCCCCAUGCAAUUUAAAAUCGGCCGACCAUCAGCGAUCGCCGGGGGCUAGUCCAUACCCCCAUGCUGCGGCUUGGAACGAGAGAUUUGAAAACGGCCCGGCCCAUGGAAUUCCGCCCAAUCCCUGCUAAUUAUGAGAGAGACACCACUAGCCACGACCCGCACCUCGUCCCCAGGGAUUGCGGAUGGAACCUGAGAUUCCAUCACUCGCCGCCCGAGACAUUGCGCUCUGACACAGGGUUGGGUUUGGCGGGGGGUGGAUCAAGAGGAACGGAUAAACGAGCGGCCAUUGCAAGCCUCCAGGUCCAACAGAAUUAGAAACACGACCCAGGAUGUGCUGUGUGGCAAAAGCAACGGGUGCUGUGUACGCCAAAGACACCCAUGCUCUCUGGCGCAAGGAGGGAAGGUGGCUGCGGACGACGACCAACACAUCCUUGGCGUCAGAAACGACAAACAUGCCAGCAGCUAGCAGUCACUAACGGAGGCCCUGAGAAGAUUGAAAGACAUUCAACGCGCUGGCAGGGUUGCUUCCGACACGACCAUCUCAACCAACAUAGUUGGGCUCGGUGCUAGGCUUGGGCACAUUUGCCAAUCGACCGCCACAUACGAUAUCGUGGGACAAGGCAGAGGGGCUCUGCAGACUGGGUACUGGGUACGCAGCCUCAGCUCACACCGACACUUUUUGCCUCCGCCAAGUUGGACGCUAUGCCGACCCGAGACCUCGGGGCUGGCUCCAGAGUUGGCGCCAUGCUGAACCAAACCGGCCACGCUUCAUUGUGACAGUCUCGACCAGACGCCCUUGAUUGGGCUGCCCCAGACAAGGCCCGGUCCGCCAAUCGCACACGUCCGCUUUCGAUCACGUGAACAGACUCUCAUGCGGAAGAUCCAUGCAAGUCGGGUAGGCUGCAUCUGUCCCGCGACGGGCCCGAUUUUCUCGGGUGCCAUGGGCUUUUGGACAGGCCGUCAUCCCCAAUGAGCCACGGGACGCCAUCACGGACCUCCUGUACUUGGCGACUCCCAAGCCCAGCUCAGCCCUCUCGUACCGGGCCGGGGAUCGAUGGAC